AUGCAGAUUUUUGUUAAGACUCUCACUGGAAAGACCAUCACUCUUGAGGUUGAAUCCUCUGACACUAUCGAUAAUGUAAAGUCCAAAAUUCAGGACAAAGAGGGAAUCCCACCAGACCAACAGCGUUUGAUUUUCGCUGGUAAGCAGUUGGAGGAUGGACGCACCCUCUCGGAUUACAACAUCCAGAAGGAGUCCACCCUCCAUCUCGUCCUCCGUCUUCGUGGAGGAAUGCAGAUCUUCGUCAAGACUCUUACCGGAAAGACCAUUACGUUGGAGGUCGAAUCUUCUGACACCAUUGACAAUGUCAAGUCGAAGAUUCAGGACAAGGAGGGCAUCCCUCCAGACCAACAGCGUUUGAUCUUCGCUGGUAAGCAGCUUGAGGAUGGACGCACCCUGUCCGACUACAACAUUCAGAAGGAGUCCACCCUUCACUUGGUCCUCCGUCUUCGUGGUGGUAUGCAGAUCUUCGUAAAGACUUUGACGGGUAAAACCAUUACCCUCGAGGUUGAAUCCUCAGACACAAUCGACAACGUCAAGUCCAAAAUUCAGGACAAGGAGGGGAUUCCCCCAGACCAGCAGCGUUUGAUCUUCGCUGGAAAGCAGCUCGAGGAUGGUCGCACCCUUUCUGACUACAACAUUCAGAAGGAGUCAACCCUCCACUUGGUUCUCCGUCUUCGUGGUGGUAUGCAGAUUUUCGUCAAGACCUUGACUGGAAAGACGAUCACUUUGGAGGUGGAGAGCUCUGAUACCAUUGACAACGUCAAGUCAAAGAUUCAGGACAAGGAGGGAAUCCCACCAGACCAACAGCGUCUCAUCUUCGCUGGUAAGCAGUUGGAGGACGGCCGUACUCUUUCUGACUACAACAUCCAAAAGGAGUCUACUCUCCACUUGGUGCUUCGUCUUCGUGGUGGAUCGCAGUAA